AUGGAGGGCGGGGUGGCUGCUGUUGCUGCCGCGGCGGCCGCGGCGGCGGCGGCGGCGACGGUGACGACGGCGGUGGCUCCUCCGCCGAGCAACGGGGCGGCGGCCGCGGCCAACGCGGCGCCGCCGCCGUUCCUGAUGAAGACGUACGAGAUGGUGGACGACCCGAGCACGGACGCCGUCGUGUCCUGGGGCGAGGGCAGCAACAGCUUCGUCGUCUGGAGCACGCCCGAGUUCGCCAGGGACCUCCUACCAAAGUACUUCAAGCACAGCAACUUCUCCUCCUUCGUCAGGCAGCUCAACACAUACGGGUUCAGAAAAGUCGACCCAGAUAGGUGGGAGUUUGCAAAUGAGGGUUUCUUAAGAGGACAGAAACAUCUACUGAAGACCAUCAAUAGAAGAAAACCAUUGCAAGCGAACAACCAAGUGCAAGUGCAACAGCAGCAGCAGCAGCAACCCCAGCUGCAGAACGGGCCGUUACCUUCUUGUGUAGAGGUGGGGAACUUUGGGAUGGAGGAAGAGAUCGAGAUGCUAAAGAGGGACAAGAACGUUCUGAUGCAGGAGCUUGUCAGGCUGAGACAGCAGCAGCAGACGACAGACCAUCAGUUGCAAACUCUGGGCAAGCGUCUUCAGGGGAUGGAGCAACGGCAGCAGCAGAUGAUGUCUUUCCUGGCCAAAGCGAUGCAGAGCCCUGGCUUCCUGGCGCAGUUCGUGCAGCAAAAUGAGAACAGCAGGAGAAGAAUAGUGGCAGCGAACAAGAAGAGGAGGCUGCCCAAGCAAGACGAAGGCCUCAUGGACUCUGCUGAGAGUGUGUCGUUGGAUGGUCAGAUAAUCAAGUAUCAGCCUCUGAUCAACGAAGCGGCCAAGGCUAUGCUGAGGAAGAUCCUGCAGCAGGACUCUUCUUCACACAGGUUUGAAUCCAUGAGCGGCAAUUCAGAUAACUUUCUGCUGGAGAACAACUGUAUGCCGACAACCCCUCAAGCUUUCGAUACCUCUUCGUCGACUCGGAAUUCUGCAGUCACCCUUGCAGAGGUCCCAGGCAACUCAUCAGGAAUGCCAUAUAUGGCAACGAGCUCUGGAUUUUCAGCGAUUUGUUCAUCUUCAACCCCUCCUGAGAUCCAGCGCCCAGUUUUCGACAACAACCCAUCCAACAUACUCCCCAACAUGAGUAACAACUCAUCCAGAGUACUACUUCCCAACAACAUGAGUGCCGCAGCGCCUUCCCUUCCAACGGCUAUGGCACCAGGUCCAACGGAUAACAUCAGUAUUCCUGGAUUCCCAGAUUUGCAUGGUCUCAUUACAGAUGACCCUGUCAACAUUCCUGGAGGAGGAGGUGGCUUCGAGAUGCCUGGCCCCGAGUGUAUAUUCCCUCUUCUGCCUGAAGAUGAUGACGACUCUAUCCCCAUCGACACCGACGAGAUCCUGUCCAGCGACGACACCCAGAAGCUCCCGGGCAUCAUUGACUCCUUCUGGGAGCAGUUCCUUGUGACCAGCCCUCUCUCCGUCGACAACGACGAGGUUGAUUCGGGCCUGCUUGACGCAGCAAGGGAAGCACACCAGGAGAACGGGUGGACCCGGACCGAUAACCUUGCCAAUCUCACUGAACAAAUGGGCCUGCUGUCAUCGUCGAACCAUAGAGCCUGAUGUGUACCAUAUACUGCACUAGCGGCCAACCUUUCUCAAGGCUCCUGGGAUCCUGCUGAUAAAACUCGUAUAGUUUGUUUACGCUAUGCAAACCAUACUGCAUGCAUCGCUGGAUUCCGAUCUUUUUGUAUGUAUACUGUUUGACUUUGUUGCUCUCAAGUAGAGAUCUGCCCCAUCAUGUACACACGCGCACAGCAAUAACAGAUGCCUUGUAGAGCAAGAGAAGAUGGGAGUAGCAAAAGCCAAGAAGCAAGAAAACUAUGUGUGUUUUUUUUGCCAGGAGCCAACACAAUUAUUGAAUCUACUUGCUAGUAGUAGUUCCUUAA